AUGGGUAAGUCCUCCUCUAAGGAUGAACGCCAUGGAGAUUUGGAGUCCAGCUUCACUUUAUAUUUCAAGAAUUUUAAGACAGAAAGCAAAAUCAUUCCUCAGGAAACCAUCGAUUCAAUUGAGUUACACCUGACAAAAGGAAACAUUCAAGGGGCAAACUCUGUAAUCAGUACUGCAUUAAAAAAUAUUGAUAACAUCCCAAUAAACGUUGCUGUCACUGGAGAGUCUGGAGCAGGGAAGUCCAGUUUGAUCAAUGCCCUGAGAGGGGUAAGACCUGAAGAUGAAGGUGCAGCUGACAUUGGGGUGGUAGAGACAACUAUGAGGAGAACUGCAUACACACACCCCAAAAUUCAAACUUUGACUUUAUGGGACCUGCCUGGUGUUGGAACUAUGAACUUUCCACCAAAAGAUUAUCUGGAGAAAGUGAAUUUCCAAGAGUAUGAUUUCUUCAUUAUUGUUUCUGCCACACGUUUUACAAAACUUGAACUAGACCUUGCCAAAGCAAUCAAAUUCAUGAAAAAGAAUUAUUACUUUGUAAGAACCAAGGUGGACAAUGAUUUACAAAAUGAGAAGAAAUCCAAAGCACGUACCUUUGACAGGGAAAAUAUCCUGUUGAAGAUCCGAAACUCCUAUAUAGAUACCUUAAAGGAAAAUGGCUUGGAUGCACCAGAGAUUUUCUUGAUUUCUAACAACAAUUUAUCCGACUAUGAUUUUCCAGUCCUGAUGGACACCCUGGUAAAGGCUCUUCCUGCUCAAAAGCGCCACAAUUUUAUGCUUUCCUUGCCUAAUAUCACAGAAGCAACGAUUGACAAAAAGCACAAGUCAAUGCAGCAGACUAUCUGGUUAGAAGCCUUCAAGACUGGACUCUUAGCUACUGUUCCUGUAGUGGGCAUCCUCAGGGAUGAUGUGGAGAAGGUGAAGGAGAAAUUAAACCACUAUCGAGUCCUCUUUGGAGUGGACGAUGCAUCCCUGCAAGUCAUUGCUAAGGAUUCGCAAGUGCCUGCUGAACAAUUGAAAAAAAUCAUUAAAUCUCCUUAUUUGUUGGACACUAAGAAAAGGGAAACAUUAGAAGAAAAACUUUUGAAAUAUUUGGAGAGAUUUGCCUCAGUUAAUGGUGGGCUCCUGGCUACAGGUCUCUACUUUAGGAAAACCUUUUACUUACAAUUUCUUCUCCUUGACACAGUGACUGAAGACGCCAAAGUUGUCCUUAGAGAGACAUACUCAAAAAUUAGUUCAAACUCAUGUCACCCAGAGCUACCGACCGUCGAAAAGUGUUACUCUUUCCUCAUGUUCUUGACAGGAUUUGUGGUGGUUUUUUUUGUUUUGUCUUAUCUUAGGCUUUGGGCAUGGGAUGAGGUAUAAUCUCCAAAUAAUGUUUUUUUAACAUUCAGAUUAUUUUAAUCUUAUUCUAUAAGAAUACAAAUACAUACUGUUUAAACAAAUGAGUUAAUUAUACAAUAGCCUGUUUAUUCAAUUACUCGUAAGGCUAGGGCUCCAACCCAGGCCUUGUAGAUGCUAGGCAAGCAUUUUAUCACUAAACUAUGCACCUCACCUUGUGAUAGCUUUUAGGUUUGAGUAAGACAAUAGUCUGACUAUUCUGAAAUUCUGAACUUAUAUAAUU